AUGAACCACAAUUUAUAUUUUUAUAAAACCAACCCCGUGAAAUUUCCACAGAACUUCGCGGUCCUUGCCUCCGUAAUUAUAACAUAUACAACGAUGGGUUUUCGUUUACCUGGUAUCAUUAGAAGGUCAUCAUCAUUUUCUGCAAACCGGGCAGUUUCAAAAGUUGUGGACGUGCCAAAGGGAUAUCUUGCUGUGUAUGUGGGAGAGAAACAAAAGAGAUUUGUGAUCCCCGUAUCAUACUUGAACCAACCAUUGUUUCAAGACUUGUUGAGUCAAGCUGAGGAAGAGUUUGGAUAUGAUCAUCCGAUGGGUGGCCUCACCAUUCCUUGCACCGAAGAUUUCUUCCAAAAUAUAACUUCUCGCUUGAAUGAGCUAUGAAGUAUGGCAUGAAUCUAAGAUUGUAGGAAACUGACAUAGAUUAGUUCAGGAAAUUUUGUACAUUAGGAAUGAUAUUAAAUUGUAAAGAUCCCCUUUUCUAAUGAAAUGAGAAAACAAGUUACUAUUAAAAUGAAAAAUUUAUAGUGUGUGAUUUUUGUUUGAUGACAUGAAUUCAAUUACUCGAGCAGCUCCAGUGUGUUUAUUUGAGCAA